AUGGUAUCCUUAGCACUAUUAGGGGACAUGGAACCAGAGGCUGGAGAACUGGAGGAAAAUGCAUUGGAAUCUGAGAUAUUUGGAGAAUCAGUAAGGCAUGCCGAUCCAGGCUUUGGUGACCAAGAGGAUCUAAACAGUGAGGCAGCUAUUCUGCAGCCAAGGCAGGUGCUACAAGAACCAUUCAUGGGGUUCCAGAGAAUGGAUGUCACAGGAAAGGAGGAUGAGAAGAAAGCAAUGGAAAACAAAGAGGAUGAAGAAAGAAGUGAAAAGAAAUAUGAAACUGAGAAUAAAGAGGCAGAGGAAAUGAGCGAGAUUAAGUGUACUGAAAACUUAAGCGGCAUAAGCAAAAUGGACAAAGGGGACAAUGUUCCAAGCAGAGAGGACACCAAUGAACCCAUCACCUCAAAUACCCACUACACUACACCUGAGACCAAUGAAUCAGACAUAGAGAAGAACAGAAAGCUCACAAAGACUCCCAGUUUUGGGAAAACAGUUCGGUUUAGGGAAAUUGAGGCAGUGGAAGAGAGUGACAGCUCAGAGGACACUCUUUUUCCAGAAUAUGAGGUGGAAGAUUGGACCACCAAAAGCUUUGAGGAGUUGUUUCUGGCAGAUGACUGGGUGGACAUUACAGAUGACCGUCUGCUGAGGAAGAAGGUGUUACAAGCCAGUACUGAGAAUGUCCUGACCCCUGCUUGGGGUCAAGAAGUCACACUGAAAAUGCAGGGUGUGCUAGAGGAUAGGACUGUGGUGGAGAAAGACAGCAAGCUGGUCUUAGUAAUUGGUGAAGGAGAUGUCAACCAGGCUCUGGAAGAAUGUGCCAUUUCAAUGAAGAAGGGGGAGAUUGCCUUAAUGCUUGCCGAUUCACAGUACACCUAUGCACUCCUAGGAAGGGAGCCUGAUAUACCAGCCUGGGCUCCUCUCCUCUAUCAGCUACAGCUCCUAGACUUCAGAGACAAGCCAGACCCCCUUUCACUAGCCAUCCCUGAUCGGAUCCGCAUUGGCAACCAGAAACGAGAGCGUGGCAACUUGUACUUCCAAAGGGAAGAAUACAGCAAGGCUGCACAAGCUUACUGCAUGGCUUUGGAUGUGCUUAUGACAUGCACGUAUGAAGGCCAAAGCUGUAUGCCAGAGGAGGAAGAGGAGGUAAACGACUACCGGGUAAAAUGUCUGAACAACCUGGCAGCAGCGCAGCUGAAGCUUGGACAGUUCGAUGAGGCGCUACACACCAGCCAAGAUGUGCUGUUCCUCGAUCCCAAUAAUGUCAAAGCACUCUUCAGGAAAGGGAAGCUUUUAUCGGACAAGGGCGAGUAUGAGGAGGCCAUGGAGACCCUGAAGAAGGCUUUGAAACUGGAGCCGUCCACUAAGGCCAUACAUGCUGAACUGUCAAAGUUGGUAAAAAGACAGGCGGGCGAAAAUGAGACCCAGAAUUGGCAAGCUAAACCAGCCCAUGUGUUUGGGGAAAAUGUAGCACCCUUUCAGAUGCCUCCCACCAAAAAGAAGCCAUCUGGAAUUUCUUGGAAGUUUCUGCUUGGAGCUUUGGUGGUGGCCUUGGGCAGUUUAGUCACAUCUGUGGUCCUGACCGCAUGGAACUAGAUCUCUCAACCUACUUGCAAAUCAACUACGAGUCUCACAAACAAACAUUCCACAAAACUGCCAGGAAAGGAGGAGGGAAAAUGCACUCAACUGUUUAGAGAGCUGCUGCAUGAGCGGCCUGACCGUUGGCACA